CGUCCAGGCGGCGGCGGCGGCGGCGGCGGCGGCGGCGGCGGCGGCGACUCCUCAGUGUCCGGCUCAAGCUCCGGCCGCAGCUCCGGCUCGCGAUGCCCCACUCCGUGACCCUGCGCGGCCCUUCGCCCUGGGGCUUCCGCCUGGUGGGCGGCCGGGACUUCAGCGUACCCCUCACCAUCUCGCGGGUCCAUGCUGGCAGCAAGGCUGCCCUGGCUGCACUGUGCCCUGGAGACCUGAUCCAGGCCAUCAAUGGUGAGAGCACAGAGCUCAUGACACACCUGGAGGCACAGAACCGCAUCAAGGGCUGCCAUGACCACCUCAUACUCUCCGUGAGCAGGCCUGAAGGCAGGAGCUGGCCCAAUACCCCAGAGGACAGCAAGGCUCAGGCACACAGGAUCCACAUCGAUCCCGAGGCCCAGGAUGGCAGUCCAGCGACAAGCAGGUGGCCCUCAGCCACGGGGCUUGGGCCAGAAGAUGGCAGGCCAGGCCUGGGAUCUCCUUACGGGCAGUCACCUCGCCUCCCAGUCCCUCACAAUGGCAGCAGCAGUGAGGCUACUUUACUGGCCCAGUUGGGCACCCUGCACGUGUCUCCACCCCACAGCACUGACCUGGCCAGAGGCCUUUCGCGGAGCCGCGACUGCGGAGUAGACCUGGGCUCAGAGGUGUACAGGAUGCUUCGGGAGUCGGCCGAGCCGACGGCUGCGGAGCCCAAGCAGUCAGGCUCCUUCCGCUACUUGCAGGGCAUGCUAGAGGCCGGCGAGGGCGGGGAACGGCCCGGGCCUGGCGGCCCCCGGAACCUCAAGCCCACGGCGGGCAAGCUAGGCGCUCCGCUGAGCGGCCUGCAGGGGCUGCCGGAGUGCACGCGCUGCGGCCACGGCAUCGUGGGUACCAUCGUCAAGGCGCGGGACAAGCUCUACCACCCCGAGUGCUUCAUGUGCAGCGACUGCGGCCUGAACCUCAAGCAGCGCGGUUACUUCUUUCUGGACGACCGGCUCUACUGCGAAAGCCACGCCAAGGCGCGCGUCAAGCCGCCCGAGGGCUACGACGUGGUGGCGGUGUACCCCAAUGCCAAGGUGGAACUCGUCUGAGCCGCUCCCGGAACCUCCCAUCCCCGCCUCUGCUUUUUUUAAUGUCCCCGCGCACCCGUGUAAAUAUGUUUACGCCCUGCCUCUCUAAUAAAUUCCCUCUGCUUGGCCUCAA